AAACAACACCACACAUCCCGUGAUGCCUUUUGUGAAACAACAUGACGGAACCAAACGCUUCGCCCGAGGACCACUGGGGCAAACAGACGGACGGUGCCUUCAGUGACGGUGGCUUGGAACACAGCUUCCUAGCAGACUGCGCAGCCAAAGUGUCUGGUGUGUCCAGAGCCAACAGCAUUGGUUCAACUAGUGCCUCAUCCGUACCUAACACAGACGAUGAAGACAGUGACAACAGACACGAAACGACCUACAAGGACUCUUACAAGGUGCGGCGGAGGCAAGCCCACACGCAGGCUGAACAGAAGAGGAGAGACGCUAUAAGGAAAGGGUAUGACGACCUGCAGUCCAUCGUGCCCACAUGCCAGCAGCAGUCUGAGUUUGCCAUGGCAACACAGAAGAUCAGCAAAGUCACCGUGCUGCAGAAGACCAUAGACUACAUUCAGUUCCUGCACAAAGAAAAGAAGAAGCAGGAGGAUGAAGUGUCCACACUGAGGAAGGAAGUGACGGCUCUGAAGAUUAUGAAAACGAACUACGAGCACAUUGUGAAGGUGCACCAGAACAACCCUCAGCAGGGCACGGAGCAGGUGUCUGACCAGCUGAAGUUCAGCGUGUUCCAGAGCAUCAUGGACUCCCUCUUCCAGAGCUUCAGCAACUCGGUCUCCUUCAGCAGCUUCGAGGAGCUCUCCGCCUGCGUCUUCAGGUGGAUCGAGGAGCACUGCAAACCACAGACCUUGAGGGAGUUUGUGGUGGAGAUCCUGAGGCGGCUGAAUGCCCAGCUGUACUGAUGGCCGCAGCCAGGUGCCCUCCGAGGCCCCGCUUCCCACUGGAUAGCACCUCGGCACUCAGCGGGGAAGACAAGACACACACACUCCCUUCUUACAUGCACCCCCAUACGCACACAACACGUUCACACACACACACACACCAAACACACACACACACACACACAUCCAAAGACGCACACCUGUUGUGGCUGUAUUUAUGUAGCUGUGGUGGUGAUGGUGGAUGGCUGGUGCUGCAUUAUCGCCCCACUCUCUCCACUGGCUCAGGUGCUGUUCUCUGCCUGGGCCUUCUGGCAAAACAAGUGUCUUAAAUAAGAGUUAUCACGUUUUACGAGUUCUUAAGAUCAUCCUCUGAGUUGUUUAUGGCUGGGUGUGGCUCAUGUGUUGUUUUCGCCUUUGCCUGGUCUUCAGGAGAGAACUGUGGUAUUUGUUUCACUUUGGCGCCACUUUGUGGUUGGUUUUGGGGUUGCUAUGCAGCUCAUUGUCCACUGCUCUACAGUGUUUGUUCGACGCUGCUGCCUCUAUUUUUGUUUGUUUGUCUGCUGUGUUUAUAAGAUUUGCAUAGUCGUUAUUGUUGCAGGGACAGAAAUAUCUGCAAUCAUGCCUGAUGUAAUCAAGCAACCUUGCCUAUUUUGAGUGUUUUAUUUUCCCCUAUUUUGUCAUAGUGUAUCCUAUGAUGUUGCAGCAACAAGUUGAGUUAAACGUUGCUAUCCGUAUAAGAAGUUUUGAAAUGAGGUGAUGUCUUGUGAUCUUAUCUGGCGGUUUAUGGUUUGUCCUUGCUGUGUUCUAAGUGUAUCUUUUACUUUUUACUCUUCAAGUUCAGGCACAAAGACACUCAAUAAUGAACGAAAAGUCAUGCCAUUGUAUGCCAUUAUAAUUUUACUUAUGUACAAGUAUGAGCUGCACAAUGUAAGACAGCAGACCUCAGCGGGUGACGUAAAAUCAGGAUUUUUGGAUAUGAAAGUGUUCUUUUAUUUUUUCAAAUAGAAAAUAAAUGGAGCAAGCACUUAAAGGGAAAUAAAUAAACACUAAUACAUUUUGGAUGAGUUUCACAACCUUAUGUGCUGGAAAUAAACAUUCUUUAAAAUAAUGUGCCGACAAUGAGACAAUGACAAAUUCUGAUAUUUUGUACAAAUGUUAUUUGUAAUUAGAAAUAAACAUGUGGUUCUCCUCUC